GAUCCGAGCGGGCUGUGUGGAGGCUUCAGACUCCCGGCGCCAUUUAGCGCGGAGAGUUUCCCGGGCGGACGCGGCUCCUCUCUCGGCCCCUCCGCACCCCCGUCUUCGGUGACAGAAGGCGCCUGGUGGGGGUGACUGCUCUUUUCUCUCCCUGUUCCCCCUCACCCAGUCCUCUAGGUCUCCUCUCGCCUCAGAGAAGCAGCGGAGCUCGGGCCCCGCGGUGAGCGGCCCUCCCCUCCCCGCCGUUCCCUCCGCCGUCAGCCCCCGGCACCGGCCCGGGAGGAGGCGGGUUCGCCAGGCCCGGGGCGGGCGGGGAGGCCUCGGGGAAGGGGGGGCCCGCUCCUCAGGCGCCGAGGCUCCGAGGCUCCGGCCCUUCGCCUCGGGGCGAUGGGCGACCUGUGAGGCCGGACCCAUCGCGGGGGGCGCGCGUGGGAGGAGGCGGCCGCCGAGUGACCGGAGCCGGGCCGCGGCCUUCCCUCGCUCGCCGCGGCCCCUCCCACUCCUGCCCCGGGGCUGCCACCGCGCGGGCGUCGGACCUGGUCCCGUGCUCGCGGCGCCGCCGCCCUCUGGGCCUAGCCCGCCCGGCUCGGCGAGGGGCAGUGGGAGCCGCGUCCGCCGCCUCCGCCUCGACUGGGUGCCGGCCCCGGGCCCUCCCCUCAUGACUGCGGCGCCUCCGCUGCCGCCGCCCGCCCGGCCGCCGCUCGCCGCAGGAUGGAUGCGGACCGUGCGGCGCUAAGCCCCGCGGCCCCGCUCCCGACCCACCCGCCUUCGAGCCCUCCUCGCGAGCCGCAGCAGUCCCGGUGCCAGCGGCCCGCCUCGCCCUCGCCGCGGCCGCUCAGCGCUGAGUGAGGCGUCCCCGGGUCGGCGCGAACCCGCCCGCCGCGGUGCCCUGCGGACCUCUGCGCGGGCGGCUCGGCCCUCACGCCCUUUCCACCCGCGACUCCGGGCCCGCUCGCCUCGCGCCAGCGAACCGACCAUGUCUGGCGGCGCCGCGGAGAAGCAGAGCAGCACUCCCGGCUCCCUGUUCCUCUCGCCGCCGGCUCCUGUCCCCAAGAAUGGCUCCAGCUCCGAUUCCUCCGUGGGGGAGAAGCUGGGGGCCGCGGCCGCCGACGCGGGGACCGGCAGGACGGAGGAGUACCGGCGCCGCCGCCACACGAUGGACAAGGACAGCCGCGGGGCGGCCGCGACCACCACCACCACGGAGCACCGCUUCUUCCGCCGGAGUGUCAUCUGCGACUCCAAUGCCACUGCGCUGGAGCUCCCCGGCCUCCCUCUUUCCCUCCCCCAGCCCAGCAUCCCCGCGGUUGUCCCGCACAGUGCCCCACCGGAGCCCCACCGGGAAGAGACCGUGGCCGCCACCGCCGCCUCUCAGGUAGCCCAGCAGCCUCCAGCCGCUGCCGCCCCUGGGGAACAGGCGGUCGCGGGCCCUGCCCCCUCGACUGUCCCCAGCAGUACCGGCAAAGACCGCCCAGUGUCCCAGCCUAGCCUUGUGGGGAGCAAAGAGGAGCCGCCGCCAGCGAGAAGUGGCAGCGGCGGCGGCAGCGCCAAGGAGCCGCAGGAGGAACGGAGCCAGCAGCAGGAUGAUAUCGAAGAGCUGGAGACCAAGGCCGUGGGAAUGUCUAACGACGGCCGCUUUCUCAAGUUUGACAUCGAAAUCGGCAGAGGCUCCUUUAAGACGGUCUACAAAGGUCUGGACACUGAAACCACUGUGGAGGUCGCCUGGUGUGAACUGCAGGAUCGAAAAUUAACAAAGUCUGAGAGGCAGAGAUUUAAAGAAGAAGCUGAAAUGUUAAAGGGUCUUCAGCAUCCCAAUAUUGUUAGAUUUUAUGAUUCCUGGGAAUCCACAGUAAAAGGAAAGAAGUGCAUUGUUUUGGUGACUGAACUUAUGACGUCUGGAACACUUAAAACGUAUCUGAAAAGGUUUAAAGUGAUGAAGAUCAAAGUUCUAAGAAGCUGGUGCCGUCAGAUCCUUAAAGGACUUCAGUUUCUUCAUACUCGAACUCCACCUAUUAUUCACCGCGAUCUUAAAUGUGACAACAUCUUUAUCACGGGCCCUACUGGCUCCGUUAAGAUUGGAGACCUUGGUCUGGCAACCCUGAAGCGGGCUUCCUUUGCCAAGAGUGUGAUAGGUACCCCAGAGUUCAUGGCCCCUGAGAUGUAUGAGGAGAAAUAUGAUGAAUCCGUUGACGUUUAUGCUUUUGGGAUGUGCAUGCUUGAGAUGGCUACAUCUGAAUAUCCUUACUCGGAGUGCCAGAAUGCUGCGCAGAUCUACCGUCGCGUGACCAGUGGGGUGAAGCCAGCCAGUUUUGACAAAGUAGCAAUUCCUGAAGUGAAGGAAAUUAUUGAAGGAUGCAUACGACAAAACAAAGAUGAAAGAUAUUCCAUCAAAGACCUUUUGAAUCAUGCCUUCUUCCAAGAGGAAACAGGAGUACGGGUAGAAUUAGCAGAAGAAGAUGAUGGAGAAAAAAUAGCCAUAAAAUUAUGGCUACGUAUUGAAGAUAUUAAGAAAUUAAAGGGAAAAUACAAAGACAAUGAAGCUAUUGAGUUUUCUUUUGAUUUAGAGAGAGAUGUCCCAGAAGAUGUUGCUCAAGAAAUGGUAGAGUCUGGGUAUGUCUGUGAAGGUGAUCACAAGACCAUGGCUAAAGCUAUCAAAGACAGAGUAUCAUUAAUUAAGAGAAAACGAGAGCAGCGGCAGUUGGUACGGGAGGAGCAAGAAAAAAAAAAGCAGGAAGAGAGCAGUCUCAAACAGCAGGUAGAACAAUCGAAUGCUUCCCAGACAGGAAUCAAGCAGCUCCCUUCUGCUAGCACCGGCAUACCUACUGCUUCUACCACUUCAGCUUCAGUUUCUACCCAAGUAGAACCUGAAGAACCCGAGGCAGAUCAACAUCAACAGCUACAGUACCAGCAACCCAGUAUAUCUGUGUUAUCUGAUGGGACGGUUGACAGUGGUCAGGGAUCCUCUGUCUUCACAGAAUCUCGUGUGAGCAGCCAGCAGACAGUUUCAUAUGGUUCCCAACAUGAACAGGCACAUUCUACAGGCACAGUCCCAGGGCAUGUACCUUCUGCUGUCCAAGCACAAUCUCAGCCCCAUGGGGUAUAUCCACCCUCAAGUGUGCCUCAGUCCAUGGCGCAUCCGUGUGGGGGGACCCCAACAUACCCAGAAUCACAGAUAUUUUUCCCAACUAUUCAUGAACGUCCAGUUUCUUUCUCACCACCUCCCACCUGCCCACCGAAAGUAGCCAUUUCCCAGCGGCGUAAGAGCACCUCCUUCCUGGAAGCCCAAACUCACCACCUCCCACCCCUGCUGAGGACUGUCGGCCAGAGUCUUCUUCCGCCUGGUGGCAGCCCAACUCACUGGACACCAGAGGCUGUAGUUAUGCUGGGUACUACAGCCAGUAGAGUAACUGGAGAGUCAUGUGAGAUACAGGUCCAUCCUAUGUGUGAACCAUCUCAAGUUUACAGUGACUAUAGACCUGGACUAGUACUUCCAGAAGAAGCUCACUAUUUUAUUCCUCAGGAAGCAGUGUAUCUAGCUGGGGUACAUUACCAGGCCCGGGUGGCAGAACAGUAUGAGGGCAUUCCAUACAACUCAUCAGUACUGUCAAGUCCUAUGAAACAGAUACCUGAACAGAAGCCAGUACAAGGGGGCCCUACUUCAAGUUCUGUCUUUGAAUUUCCAUCUGGACAGGCUUUCCUGGUAGGACACCUUCAGAAUCUAAGAUUAGAUUCUGGAUUGAGUCCAGGAUCUCCCCUCUCUAGUAUUUCUGCACCUAUCAGUACAGAUGCUACACGUUUGAAAUUUCACCCUGUCUUUGUUCCUCAUUCUGCGCCCGCUGUGUUAACUCAUAACAAUGAGAGCAGAAGCAACUGUGUAUUUGAAUUUCAUGUUCACACACCAAGCUCCUCUUCAGGAGAAGGAGGUGGAAUUUUACCUCAGCGUGUUUACCGAAAUCGGCAGGUUGCAGUGGACUUGAAUCAAGAAGAACUGCCUCCUCAAUCAGUUGGAUUACAUGGCUACCUGCAGCCUGUGACUGAAGAAAAGCAUAAUUACCAUGCCCCAGAAUUGACCGUUUCUGUGGUAGAGCCUAUCGGACAGAACUGGCCAAUAGGAAGCCCAGAAUAUUCCAGUGAUUCCUCACAAAUCACUUCUUCAGACCCCAGUGAUUUUCAGUCACCUCCCCCUACAGGGGGAGCAGCUGCAUCUUUUGGCUCUGACGUCUCAUUACCCUUUAUCCAUCUGCCUCAGACAGUGUUACAAGAAUCCCCACUUUUCUUCUGUUUCCCCCAAGGAACCACAUCUCAGCAGGUCUUAACUGCCUCAUUUUCUUCAGGAGGAUCUGCACUUCAUCCACAGGCACAGGGGCAGAGCCAGGGUCAGCCAUCCUCAAGUAGCUUAACAGGGGUUUCAUCUUCCCAACCCAUACAACAUCCUCAGCAGCAGCAGGGAAUACAGCAGACAGCUCCUCCUCAACAGACAGUGCAGUAUUCACUUUCACAGACAUCAACCUCCAGUGAGGCCACUACUGCACAGCCAGCGAGUCAACCUCAAGCUCCACAAGUCUUGCCUCAAGUAUCAGCUGGAAAACAGGGUUUCCCACCUCGACUGCCACCACAGUACCCAGGAGAUUCAAAUAUUGCUCCCUCUUCCAACGUGGCUUCUGUUUGCAUCCAUUCUACAGUCCUAUCCCCUCCCAUGCCGACAGAAGUACUGGCUACACCUGGGUACUUUCCCACGGUGGUGCAGCCUUACGUGGAAUCAAAUCUUUUAGUUCCUAUGGGUGGUGUAGGAGGACAGGUUCAAGUGUCCCAGCCAGGAGUGAGUUUAGCACAAGCCCCCACUACAUCCUCCCAGCAAGCAGUUUUGGAGAGUACUCAGGGAGUCUCUCAGGUUGCUCCUCCAGAGCCAGUUCCAGUAGCACAGCCACAGCCUACCCAGCCGGCCACGUUGGCUUCCUCUAUAGACAGUGCACAUUCAGAUGUUGCUUCAGGUAUGAGUGAUGGCAAUGAGAACGUCCCAUCUUCCAGUGGAAGACACGAAGGAAGAACUACAAAACGGCAUUACCGAAAAUCUGUAAGGAGUCGUUCUCGACAUGAAAAAACUUCACGCCCAAAAUUAAGAAUUUUAAAUGUUUCAAAUAAAGGAGACCGAGUGGUAGAAUGUCAAUUAGAGACUCAUAAUAGGAAAAUGGUUACAUUCAAAUUUGACCUAGAUGGUGACAACCCUGAGGAGAUAGCAACAAUUAUGGUGAACAAUGACUUUAUUCUAGCAAUAGAGAGAGAGUCAUUUGUGGAUCAAGUACGAGAAAUUAUUGAAAAAGCUGAUGAAAUGCUCAGUGAGGAUGUCAGUGUGGAACCAGAGGGUGACCAGGGGUUGGAGAGUCUACAGGGAAAGGAUGACUAUGGCUUUUCAGGUUCUCAGAAAUUGGAAGGAGAGUUCAAACAACCAAUUCCUGUGUCUUCCAUGCCACAGCAAAUAGGCAUUCCUACCAGUUCUUUAACUCAAGUUGUUCAUUCUGCUGGAAGACGGUUUAUAGUGAGUCCUGUGCCAGAAAGUCGAUUACGAGAAUCAAAACUUUUCACCAGUGAAAUAACAGAUACAGUUGCUGCCUCUACAUCUCAGAGCCCUGGAAUGAACUUGUCUCACUCUGCAUCAUCCCUUAGUCUACAACAGGCCUUUUCUGAACUUAGACAUGCCCAAAUGACAGAAGGACCCAAUACAGCACCUCCAAACUUUAGUCAUACAGCACCAACAUUUCCAGUAGUACCUCCUUUCUUAAGUAGCGUUGCUGGAGUCCCAACCACAGCAGCAGCCACAGUGCCAGUCCCUGCCACAAGCAGCCCUCCUAAUGGCAUGUCCACAUCAGUAAUUCAGUCUGAGGUUACGGUGCCCACUGAAGAGGGGAUUGCUGGAGUUGCCACCAGCACGGGUGUGGCAACUUCAGGUGGUCUCCACAUACCACCUGUGUCUGAAUCACCAGUACUUUCCAGUGUAGUUUCAAGUACCACAAUACCUGCAGUUGUCUCAAUAUCUACUACUUCCCCAUCACUUCAAGUCCCCACAUCCACAUCGGAGAACAUUGUUUCUAGUACAGCACUGUAUCCUUCAGUAACAGUUUCAGCAACUUCAGCUUCCGCAGGGGGCAGCACUGUGACCCCAGGUCCUAAGCCUCCAGCCGUCAUGUCUCCGCAGGCAGCAGGCAGCACUACUGUGGGAGUCACAUUAACAUCAGUUUCCGCCACCACUUCACUGCCAAGCACAGCUUCACAGCUGUCCAUUCAGCUUAGCAGCAGUACUUCUGCUCCUACUUUAGCUGAGACCGUUGUAGUUAGUGCACACUCACUAGAUAAGACAUCUCACAGCAUUACAACUGGAUUGGCUUUGUCCUUCUCUGCACCAUCUUCCGCUUCCUCUCCUGGAGCGGGAGUGUCUAGUUCUAUUUCUCAGCCUGGUGGGCUGCAUCCUUUGGUCAUUCCAUCAGUGAUAGCUUCUACUCCCAUUCUUCCCCAAGCAGCAGGACCUACUUCUACACCUUUAUUACCCCAAGUACCUAGUAUCCCACCCUUGGUACAGCCUGUUGCCAAUGUGCCUGCUGUACAGCAGACACUAAUUCAUAGUCAGCCUCAACCAGCUUUGCUUCCCAACCAGCCCCAUACUCAUUGUCCUGAAAUAGAUUCUGAUACACAACCCAAAGCUCCUGGGAUCGAUGACAUAAAGACUCUAGAAGAAAAGCUGCGGUCUCUCUUCAGUGAACACAGCUCAUCUGGAGCUCAGCAUGCCCCUGUGUCACUGGAGACCUCACUAGUUGUAGAGAGCACUGUCACACCAGGCGUCCCAACUACUGCUGUUGCACCAAGCAAACUCCUGACUUCUACCACAAGUACUUGCUUACCACCAACCAAUUUGCCACUAGGAACAGUUGCUUUGCCAGUUACACCAGUGGUCACACCUGGGCAAGUUUCUACCCCAGUCAGCACUGCUACAUCAGGAGUGAAACCUGGAACUGCUCCCUCAAAACCACCUUUAACUAAGCCUCCGGUGCUGCCAGUGGGUACUGAACUUCCAGCAGGUGCUCUACCCAGCGAGCAGCUGCCACCUUUUCCAGGACCUUCUCUAACCCAGUCCCAGCAACCUCUAGAGGAUCUUGAUGCUCAAUUGAGAAGAACACUUAGUCCAGAGAUUAUCACAGUGACUUCUGCAGUUGGUCCUGUGUCCGUGGUGGCUCCAACAGCAGUUACAGAAGCAGGAGCACAGCCUCAGAAGGAUGUUUCUCAAGUCACAGAAAAAGGCCCUGUCCUAGCAACUAGUUCAGGAGCUGGUGUUUUUAAGAUGGGACGAUUUCAGGUUUCAGUUGCAGCAGAUGAUACCCAGAAAGAGGGUAAAAGUAAGUCAGAAGAUGCAAAGUCUGUUCAUUUUGAAUCCAGCACUUCAGAGUCCUCGGUGUUGUCGAGUAGUAGUCCAGAGAGUACCUUGGUGAAACCAGAGCCGAAUGGGAUAAGCAUCCCUGGUAUCUCUUCAGAUGUGCCAGAGAGUGCCCACAAAACUACUGCCUCAGAGGCAAAGUCAGACACUGGGCAGCCUACCAAGGUUGGACGUUUUCAGGUGACAACUACAGCAAACAAAGUGGGUCGUUUCUCUGUAUCGAAAACUGAGGACAAAAUCACUGACACAAAGAAAGAAGGACCAGUGGCAUCUCCUCCUUUUAUGGAUUUGGAACAAGCUGUUCUUCCUGCUGUGAUACCAAAGAAAGAAAAGCCUGAACUGUCAGAGCCUUCACAUCUAAAUGGGCCAUCUUCUGACCUGGAGGCCGCCUUUUUAAGUAGGGAUGUGGAUGAUGGUUCAGGUAGUCCACACUCCCCUCAUCAACUGAGCUCAAAGAGCCUUCCUAUCCAGAAUCUAAGUCAAAGCCUUAGUAAUUCAUUUAACUCCUCUUACAUGAGUAGUGACAAUGAGUCAGAUAUCGAAGAUGAAGACUUAAAGUUAGAGCUGCGACGACUACGAGAUAAACAUCUUAAAGAGAUUCAGGACCUGCAGAGUCGCCAGAAGCAUGAAAUUGAAUCUUUGUAUACCAAACUGGGCAAGGUGCCCCCUGCUGUUAUUAUUCCCCCAGCUGCUCCCCUUUCAGGGAGAAGACGACGACCCACUAAAAGCAAAGGCAGCAAAUCUAGUCGAAGCAGUUCCUUGGGGAAUAAAAGCCCCCAGCUUUCAGGUAACCUGUCUGGUCAGAGUGCAGCUUCAGUCUUGCACCCCCAGCAGACCCUCCACCCUCCUGGCAACAUCCCAGAGUCCGGGCAGAACCAGCUGUUACAGCCCCUUAAGCCAUCUCCCUCCAGUGACAACCUCUAUUCAGCCUUCACCAGUGAUGGUGCCAUUUCAGUACCAAGCCUUUCUGCUCCAGGUCAAGGGACCAGCAGCACAAACACUGUUGGGGCAACAGUGAACAGCCAAGCCGCCCAAGCUCAGCCUCCUGCCAUGACGUCCAGCCGGAAGGGCACAUUCACAGACGACUUGCACAAGUUGGUAGACAACUGGGCCCGAGAUGCCAUGAUUCUCUCAGGCAGGAGAGGAAGCAAAGGGCACAUGAAUUAUGAGGGCCCUGGAAUGGCAAGGAAGUUCUCUGCACCUGGGCAACUGUGCAUCUCCAUGACCUCGAACCUGGGUGGCUCUGCCCCCAUCUCUGCAGCAUCAGCUACCUCUCUAGGUCACUUCACCAAGUCUAUGUGCCCCCCACAGCAGUAUGGCUUUCCAGCUACCCCAUUUGGCGCCCAAUGGAGUGGGACGGGUGGCCCAGCACCACAGCCGAUUGGCCAGUUCCAACCUGUGGGAACUGCCUCCUUGCAGAAUUUCAACAUCAGCAAUUUGCAGAAAUCCAUCAGCAACCCCCCAGGCUCCAACCUGCGGACCACGUAGACCUAGAGACGUUAGCCCAAUAGAUCUGGGGGCAGGAGAUGGAAUGCGGGGGGGGGUUGGGGGUGGGAAGUAGCCUGUGUACUAACUACUAGUGCUGCAUUAACUGGUUAUUUCUUGCCAGAAGGGAAUGUUCUUCAUACUGCAUUGAGCCCUCAGAGUGGAGUCUCCCCCGCUCCAGUUAUUGGCGUGGGAGAGGAAGGAAGGGAAGAACAGCUUUUUUGUAAAGGGGCAGCUUCAGACCAUGCUUUCCUGUUUAUGUAUACUCAGUAAUGAGGAUGAGGGCUAGGAAAGUCUUGUUCAUAAGGAAGCCAGAGAACGCAACGUAAAAUCCAACCCAUCUGUACUUCCAAGUGGGUGGGGCUCACGCCCCGAAUCCCUCACUCCCUCAAGAAUCUGAACCACAAGAGACAAAAACAACCUACUGGGCUCUCUCCUACCCUGCCCUCCUCCCUUUUUUUUACCCCUCUCUUUUUUAUUUUGUUUUUCUUUGCUCUUUUAGAACCCAGUGAAAAAUACCAGGGGACUGGGGUGCAACUCUUUCUUAUGAUAGGUCAUUAGUGCUUUAAGCAAAAGAUAUUAGCAGCUUUGACUGCAGCAUUAGCAAUUAGGAAAAAAAAAAAUUAAGUUCCCUGCGGACAUGUAACUUUGCCAUCAGUUUUGAUGUGGAAACACUGUGAUAUAUAAAAUGUUGUUGGACAACAGUAGUUUUAAGAGUAAAAUAUGAAACGUUUAAAAAGUUCCAAAAAAAGCUAGCUCUGUCCUUUACUUAUUGAGACACUUUAACUUUUUCCUUUGUAUUUCCAUUGUAUUAGAUGAAUAAAUGUGAAUGUAAAAUUGUAUAAAUUACUGUACUUGAAUACUUCUGUUUCCCAGUGUUGCUUGCUGGACAUUUUAGUGCCUUGGACUUCUAUUGCUUCUGCCAUUAGCAUCAACUUAUCAGACCCCAGAUCAAUAAAGGGCAUGUGGAAGGAAAUCUUAGGUCCAUGUGACCCCAGCAGUCCAGCAGUGGUUAUGCCAAAGGGAAAUUGAAAAAGUAUUUUUUUAAGUCCUUCAACAACUUUGUCUAGAGCAGGUGUAAGAUGAGUAGGGUGGGAGGUUAAGUUGGCAUCAGUGGUUAAAAACAGAAAGUUCUGUUUCAGGAAUAGUGAGGAAGGGGGUGUUGUAACAAAAUUGGGCAACUGAAAAGAAUGGUGUGUGCUGGGUGAAAGACAGACUGAAGAACGAGGAAACAAACUUGUUUUGAAGAUACGUGAAGCCUGGCCAGUGACUGUCAUAUAAACCUUUCUUUCUUGAGCUAGGCUUGAACAGACGUGACCUAGAAGAAAUUGAACAUAAAGAGAAGGGGGUGGGGGCUAGUUUUCAAGUUGGGGAACCUGAUAGUGAAAAGUCACAGAUGGAGAAAGUUGCUCUCAGAAAAACUGUUUGGAUUGCUUUCCUUUGUUGCACAUGUGCCGUGCAUUUCUCAGCUUGGGGUACUAUGUUUGGUGGAAAGUGAAUCUUUCCACAUCUGAAUCUUUCCACGUCUGAAUUACUCACUGUAGGAAAGAAUACUUAUUCCUACUCGUUUCCUUUAUGAUGUCCAAAUGGUUGCAGGAUCAUCAUCUAUUGUGCCACCUUUAUUUCUAGAAGUACAACUAAUAUGUUCACAUUUUCAAAUAAAUAUUCCCCGUAAGUAAUAACUGCAACCAAUCAGUGUUAUUUAGUGCUAUGCCUACUUGUAAUGGGUAGUUAUUAUUUUCUGAGCUUUCCGGAAAUACUGUCCUAAUUGGCUGUGUUUAGGAUCUUUGUUAUCUCUGAAGACAGACAAAGAAGCUAGGACUCUUAAUUUUGGGGUGCUUAUUGACUCUUAGUUGGGAAACUGAAAAUAUUUCCAACCUUUUACCCACGUCAAUGGCAUAUUCCGGAAAUCACCACCACCACCACCACAGAAAGAGGCUGGAGGCUCCCGUGCCCUGUUCAUUCCUUAAGGGCCCUGCUUCCCUUAUGAAGUUGGUCUAUGGCCCUAAAUAUGCAAAUGAGAGCCGAAGGGUUUUAAAAGGUAGAAAGGAAAAGGGCAGGGGCUUCAACCCCUGCUAUAAAACGACUGACUUUUAUUCUCUGCUUCCAUUUCUUGUGGAGGGAGUAAGGAUAGAACCAAGGGGCUGAGUAGCUGAGAAAGGGGCCACCCAAGAGUGAAACAUACUUUAUACCAGAGGAGCAGGGAGCCUCAUGCAGCACAUUCUCAUUGGUUCUUUGGGUUUAAUAAUUUUGACAUCUUUUCACUCAUGCACAAAAAGUCAGAACUGGUUUUAUUUACUGUUGAUUUCAUCCUCCUGUGGAUGAAAUAACUGAAGCCUAGAGGAAUGAACUAGUGCUACUGAACUGUUUAAAUUAUUUUUGUGUUAAUAGUACACUUUGAGUAUCUUUUUCCACAUUAAAAACUUUCUGAAUUAUAAAUGUUUUCCUUCCAUUAUUUAACAAUGUACACUGUUUAAAGAUAAAAAUUCAAACUUCGGGGGUUUCCCAGCAGCCGUUAAUUGUACAUUUUGCACUAACUCUGGGUGUUGCGCUUCUUGUAAGAUUGCGCUUUGUGCUUCAGUUUGUUACCUUUGUAGACUUAUUUAAUGAAACCAUUCAAAUAAACCAAACUUGCUUUUGUUGA